ACUCGGCCUUGUGCGGCAUGAUUGUGAAAUGUCUUCCACUUAAUAUGUAGUAAAUCUGUUUCUUCCCUGAGCGAGCUGCAAUAAAGCAGGACGAAGGGAAAUAACAAUUCAAGAAUGACAUUGGAUUACUCAAGCAACAUGAUCUUUAGAGUUGAUAAAAUAUCAUCUAUAGUUCUCGGAAAAGAGAUCGUAAAGCGAUGCGGAACCGAAGGUCAGCAUGGAAAUCUCAGUGAAGAUGACCAGACAACCUUAAAAUUUAUGCGAGCUGCCAUCUCAUUCAUCUCGAACGCAAAUAAAAUGUGCGCUGAUCUAACAAACGCUGCCUUCAUUAUAUCGCAGCCAGGGAAAGAGUUUAUCAUUCAAGCUGGAAAUGGAGAUUGGGAGUUUUUCUUUUCAGAGGACGCAAAGGAUGUUGUACAUGGCUGCUGUGUUCGCAAGGGUCCUAAACGGUUUUCAAGGGGUAUUUGGAAAUUAUUUGACUUCUGUCUCAGAAUUUUCUGGGUGGUUUCAUGGUGGUGCCCGUCACCAAAAACCGCCGUUCUUUUUACCAAUGGUCCGUUAGCGCUGACCUAUGAGGCUCAGGAACCCACGUUCAAGGUUACACUUCCCGAGGUGACGGAAGAAGAAGCUCGUAAAAAUCACUCAUAACCGAUGCCUCGAAUCUUACAAUAAGUGCCAAAUAAAGACGUCUCUAUUUACAUUUAAA